AUGCUUGGAUAUUUACAUCUAUCCUCUGGACAAAGUAAGUAUUGAUGACAGAAUCAACAAUCAAUAAUUUACUUUUAUAUCUAUUCUAUUGUACCAGUUAAGCUGGGGACAAUUACGAUGAAAAGAGAACUGAUUUGACUGUGAUUAACAUGCAGCUAUCUUUUCAUUGCCUGCUUCUGAUCUUUUUUUAAAAACAAUUAUGAUUAGGGGGUCUGAUUAGAUGAACCUGUUUUAAAGAUGUUAUUUACUCCAAGUCAUGUAUGGCAAUAAAAAUGACACCCCAGUAACUUUACACAUACAUGUGACUGUUAAACUGAAUCAUUAAAACAUCACAAUUAUAAAAGUAAAUCUGCCAAAAGCAUGUUCUAAUGCUGAGCAUGUUGAGUUUACCUGUUUUACUAGGGCCAGAGCCAACACUGAGAGCAGCGGGUGAGAGCCCAAUUGAAAUUGCAGGAAUCAUUUAUUUUUAUCAUUAUUCUUAUUAUUGUCAUGAUUCAAGUUUUUUCAACUUUAAAAUCCCCUAGACAUGCUAAAAAAGUAAUGAAACUUGGCAGGCAGGUGGGCCCCUAUAUAUAUGAAGAAAAAAUACAGAUUUCAUGCUCGUGGAAUUUCCUGUGUAACUUCCCGUGCACUGGUUCCACCUCCACCAGAUUUUAUUCAUUUGAUGACAGUCAAGUGUCAGACAAUUUGACACCAAACUUACAUCCGUAUGUUGUAGUGCCACCUGGUGGCAGAAGGAAUGCUUUUUACAAUUAAUGGCCCGUAAUUUCUGGGGUACCAGAGCGGCAAUAAAAUCAGCACCAUGUUUCUCUAAACUUCACCUAGCUGGCAUUAACAAUCUGUAAUAUUGCUAUAGGUAGGCACAGCGACAUGAAAUUUUGUACACAGAUCUUGAGGGGCGCCCUCUUGAGGGCUUCAAUGUCAACAUAGAGAUCAAACAAAAAAAGGCUCCAGAGCACCCCCCACUAAAUUUCUGAAAUGAAGCCCCUCCACUAUGUGGAACAUAGAAUGCUUAUGAAGGACCUUAAGACAAACAAAAAAGCCUCACCCAUACCCAUAGGCCACACCCAACCGGAAAAAUUGGGAAAAAAACAUCUGUUUUGGUCAAAGGGCAUGGCCAUGGCGUCCUUUAAACUCUGACAGCUUUUCAAAGUAAAUGACCUACAACACUCAAAGGCAGUCACAGGUACUAACAAUCACAAAGGUUAGGGCUGCUGUGAAGAUCAUUGCACAGGGGAUGGCAAGUCGUGCAAAAUGGUAACAGUGCACUGGGAAGGUGGUUUACAAAGGCAGCACCGCAAUACUGCUUGGGCCCCUUUUGGUCCUGUAAGGUGCUGGUUAUUAUUAUGAUAAAGUUUUUUUCAACAUUAAAACCCCCUAGACAUGCUGAAAAACUCAUGAAAUUUGACAGAGGGGCCCCAACUACUGCUUGCCUAUAUCCUAUUUUCACUAAUCUCAUCAUCUUAUUACCUGCUAUUAUUAAAUGCUACUAAAAAUUGUAAAAACAAACAAAUCAACAGUAAAAAACCUUAGAUAAACAUAACCCAAACCAAAAUGUAUGUAUUAUCACAGGUACUGCUGCCUCACAAGCAACAACAGCUGCCCCACCAACAACAACAGCUGCCCCAACAACGACAACUGCCCCAACAACGACAACUACAACAGCUGCCACAACAACAACAACAGCUGCCCCAACAACAACAACAACAACAACAACAACAGCUGCCCCAACAACAACAACUACAACUACAACAGCUGCCCCAACAACAACAACUACAACAGCUGCCCCAACAACAACUACAACAGCUGCCCCAACAACAACUACAACAGCUGCCCCAACAACAACUACAACAGCUGGCCCAACAACAACAACUACAACAGCUCCCCCAACAACAACAACUACCACAGCUGCCCCAACAACAACUACCACAGCUGCCCCAACAACAACAACAACAACAACAGCUGCCCCAACAACGACAACUACAACAGCUGCCCCAACAACGACAACUACAACAGCUGCCCCAACAACGACAACUACAACAGCUGCCCCAACAACAACAACAACAGCUGCCCCAACAACAACAACUACAACAACUGCUGUCCCAACAACAACAACUACAACAGCUUCCCCAACAACAACAACAGCUGCCCAAACAACGACAGCAGCUGCCCCAACGACAACCACAACAGCUGCCCCAACAACGACAACUACAACAGGUGCCCCAACAACAACAACAACAACAACAACAACAGCUUCCCCAACAACGACAACAGCUGCCCUAACAACAACAACUACAACAGCUGCCCCAACAACAACUACAACAGCUGUCCCAACAACAACAACUACAACAGCUGCCCCAACAACAACAACAACAGCUGCCCCAACAACGACAACUACAACAUCUGCCCCAACAACGACAACUACAACAGCUGCCCCAACAACGACAACUACAACAGCUGCCCCAACAACAACAACAACAACAGCUGCCCCAACAACAACAACUACAACAACUGCUGUCCCAACAACAACAACUACAACAGCUUCCCCAACAACAACAACAGCUGCCCAAACAACGACAGCAGCUGCCCCAACGACAACCACAACAGCUGCCCCAACAACGACAACCACAACAGCUGCCCCAACAACGACAACUACAACAGGUGCCCCAACAACAACAACAACAACAACAACAACAACAGCUUCCCCAACAACGACAACAGCUGCCCUAACAACUACAACUACAACAGCUGCCCCAACAACAACAACUACAACAGCUGCCCCAACAACAACAGCUGCCCCAACAACAACUACAACAGCUGCCCCAACAACAACUACAACAGCUGGCCCAACAACAACAACUACAACAGCUCCCCCAACAACAACAACUACCACAGCUGCCCCAACAACAACUACCACAGCUGCCCCAACAACAACAACAACAACAACAACAGCUGCCCCAAGAACGACAACUACAACAGCUGCCCCAACAACGACAACUACAACAGCUGCCCCAACAACGACAACUACAAAAGCUGCCCCAACAACAACAACGACAGCUGCCCCAACAACAACAACUACAACAACUGCUGUCCCAACAACAACAACUACAACAGCUUCCCCAACAACAACAGCUGCCCAAACAACGACAGCAGCUGCCCCAACGACAACCACAACAGCUGCCCCAACAACGACAACCACAACAGCUGCCCCAACAACGACAACUACAACAGGUGCCCCAACAACAACAACAACAACAACAACAACAACAGCUUCCCCAACAACGACAACAGCUGCCCUAACAACAACAACUACAACAGCUGCCCCAACAACAACUACAACAGCUGUCCCAACAACAACAACUACAACAGCUGCCCCAACAACAACAACAACAGCUGCCCCAACAACAACAACAACAGCUGCCCCAACAACGACAACUACAACAUCUGCCCCAACAACGACAACUACAACAGCUGCCCCAACAACAACAACAACAACAACAACAACAGCUUCCCCAACAACGACAACAGCUGCCCUAACAACAACAACUACAACAGCUGCCCCAACAACAACUACAACAGCUGUCCCAACAACAACAACUACAACAGCUGCCCCAACAACAACAACAACAGCUGCCCCAACAACGACAACUACAACAUCUGCCCCAACAACGACAACUACAACAGCUGCCCCAACAACGACAACUACAACAGCUGCCCCAACAACAACAACAACAACAGCUGCCCCAACAACAACAACUACAACAACUGCUGUCCCAACAACAACAACUACAACAGCUUCCCCAACAACAACAACAGCUGCCCAAACAACGACAGCAGCUGCCCCAACGACAACCACAACAGCUGCCCCAACAACGACAACCACAACAGCUGCCCCAACAACGACAACUACAACAGGUGCCCCAACAACAACAACAACAACAACAACAACAACAGCUUCCCCAACAACGACAACAGCUGCCCUAACAACUACAACUACAACAGCUGCCCCAACAACAACAACUACAACAGCUGCCCCAACAACAACAGCUGCCCCAACAACAACUACAACAGCUGCCCCAACAACAACUACAACAGCUGGCCCAACAACAACAACUACAACAGCUCCCCCAACAACAACAACUACCACAGCUGCCCCAACAACAACUACCACAGCUGCCCCAACAACAACAACAACAACAACAACAGCUGCCCCAAGAACGACAACUACAACAGCUGCCCCAACAACAACAACUACAACAACUGCUGUCCCAACAACAACAACUACAACAGCUUCCCCAACAACAACAACAGCUGCCCAAACAACGACAGCAGCUGCCCCAACGACAACCACAACAGCUGCCCCAACAACGACAACCACAACAGCUGCCCCAACAACGACAACUACAACAGGUGCCCCAACAACAACAACAACAACAACAACAGCUUCCCCAACAACGACAACAGCUGCCCUAACAACUACAACUACAACAGCUGCCCCAACAACAACUACAACAGCUUCCCCAACAACAACAGCUGCCCAAACAACGACAGCAGCUGCCCCAACGACAACCACAACAGCUGCCCCAACAACGACAACCACAACAGCUGCCCCAACAACGACAACUACAACAGGUGCCCCAACAACAACAACAACAACAACAACAACAACAGCUUCCCCAACAACGACAACAGCUGCCCUAACAACAACAACUACAACAGCUGCCCCAACAACAACUACAACAGCUGUCCCAACAACAACAACUACAACAGCUGCCCCAACAACAACAACAACAGCUGCCCCAACAACAACAACAACAGCUGCCCCAACAACGACAACUACAACAGCUGCCCCAACAACGACAACUACAACAGCUGCCCCAACAACGACAACUACAACAGCUGCCCCAACAACAACAACAACAGCUGCCCCAACAACAACUACAACAACUGCUGUCCCAACAACAACAACUACAACAGCUUCCCCAACAACAACAACAGCUGCCCAAACAACGACAGCAGCUGCCCCAACGACAACCACAACAGCUGCCCCAACAACGACAACCACAACAGCUGCCCCAACAACGACAACUACAACAGGUGCCCCAACAACAACAACAACAACAACAACAGCUUCCCCAACAACGACAACAGCUGCCCUAACAACAACAACUACAACAGCUGCCCCAACAACAACUACAACAGCUGUCCCAACAACAACAACUACAACAGCUGCCCCAACAACGACAACAACAGCUGCCCCAACAACAACAACAACAGCUGCCCCAACAACGACAACUACAACAUCUGCCCCAACAACGACAACUACAACAGCUGCCCCAACAACGACAACUACAACAGCUGCCCCAACAACAACAACAACAGCUGCCCCAACAACAACAACUGCUGUCCCAACAACAACAACUACAACAGCUUCCCCAACAACAACAGCUGCCCAAACAACGAUGGCAGCUGCCCCAACGACAACCAAAACAGCUGCCCCAACAACGACAACCACAACAGCUGCCCCAACAACGACAACUACAACAGGUGCCCCAAUAACAACAACAACAACAACAACAGCUUCCCCAACAACGACAACAGCUGCCCUAACAACAACAACUACAACAGCUGCCCCAACAACAACUACAACAGCUGUCCCAACAACAACAACUACAACAGCUGCCCCAACAACAACAACAACAGCUGCCCCAACAACAACAACAGCUGCCCCAACAACGACAACUACAACAUCUGCCCCAACAACGACAACUACAACAGCUUCCCCAACAACUACUACAACAGCUGCCCCAACAACAACAACAACAAAAACAGCCACCCCAACACCACCAACAACAACAACAGCUGCCCCAACAACGACAACUACAACAGCUGCCCCAACAACAACAGCUGCCCUAACAACAACUACAACAGCUGCCCCAACAACUACAACAGCUGCCCAAACAACAACUACAACAGCUGGCCCAACAACAACAACAACAACAACAGCUGGCCCAACAACAACAACAACAACAACAGCUGGCCCAACAACAACAACUACCACAGCUGCCCCAACAACAACAACUACCACAGCUGCCCCAACAACAACAACUACCACAGCUGCCCCAACAUCAACAACAACAACAACAACAACAGCUUCCCCAACAACGACAACAGUUGCCCAAACAACAACUACAACAGCUGGCCCAACAACGACAACUACAACAGCUGGCCCAACAACAACAACUACCACAGCCGCCCCAACAACAACAACUACCGCAGCUGCCCCAACAACAACAACUACCACAGCUGCCCCAACAACAACAACAACAGCUGCCCCAACAACGACAACAGUUGCCCCAACAACGACAACAGCUGCCCCAACAACAACAACAGCUUCCCCAACAACUACAACAGCUGCCCCAACAACAUCAACUACCACAGCUGCCCCAACAACAACAACUACCACAGCUGCCCCAACAACAACUACCACAGCUUCCCCAACAACAACAACAACAACAGCUGCCCCAACAACAACAACAGUUUCCCCAACAACGACAACAGCUGCCCCAACAACGACAACAGCUGCCCCAACAACGACAACAGCUGCCCCAACAACAACUACAACAGCUUCCCCAACAACUACAACAGCUGCCCCAACAACGACAACUACAACAGCUGCCCCAACAACAACAACAACAACAGCUGCCCCAAGAACAACGACUACAACAACUACUGCCCCAACAACAACGACUACAACAACUGCUGCCCCAACAACGACAACAACAACAGCUGCCCCAACAACAACAACUACAACAGCUGCCCCAACAACGACAACUACAACAGCUGCCCCAACAACCACAACAGCUGCCCCAACAACGACAACUACAACAGCUGCCCCAACAACGACAACAACAACAGCUGCCCCAACAACGACAACAACAACAGCUGCCCCAACAACGACAACAACAACAACUGCCCCAACAACGACAACAACAACAGCUUCCCCAACAACAACAACAGCUGCCCCAACAACGACAACUACAACAGCUGCCCCAACAACUACAACAGCUGCCCCAACAACGACAACUACAACAGCUGCCCCAACAACGACAACAACAACAGCUGCCACAACAACAACAACCACAACAGCUGCCCCAACAACGACAACUACAACAGCUGCCCCAACAACGACAACAACAACAGCUGCCCCAACAACGACAACCACAACAGCAGCUGCCCAACAACAACAACAACAACAACAACAACAACAACAGCUGCCCCAACAACGACAACUACAACAGCUGCCCAAACAACGACAACUACAACAGCUGCCCCAACAACGAAAACUACAACAGCUGCCCCAACAACUACAACAGCUGCCCCAACAACUACAACAGCUGCCCCAACAACUACAACAGCUGCCCCAACAACUACAACCACAACUGCUGCCCCAACAACGACAACUACAACAGCUGCCCCAACAACUACAACAGCUGCCCCAACAACUACAACAACAACAGCUGCCCCAACAACUACAACUACAACAGCUGCCCCAACAACGACAACAACAACAGCUGCCCCAAAAACGACAACCACAACAGCUUCCCCAACAACCACAGCUGCCCCAACAACGACAACUACAACAGCUGCCCCAACAACUACAACAGCUGCCCGAACAACGACAACUACAACAGCUGCCCCAACAACAACAACAACAACAACAACAACAACAACAGCUGCCCCAACAACGACAACCACAACAGCUUCCCCAACAACAACAACAGCUGCCCCAACAACGACAACUACAACAGCUGCCCCAACAACUACAACAGCUGCCCCAACAACAACAACAACAACAACAGCUGCCCCAACAACAACAACAGCUGCCCCAACAACGACAACUACAACAGCUGCCCCAACAACGAAAACUACAACAGCUGCCCCAACAACUACAACAGCUGCCCCAACAACUACAACAGCUGCCCCAACAACUACAACAACAACAGCUGCCCCAACAACGACAACUACAACAACUUCCCCAACAACUACAACAGCCUUCCCAACAACAACAGCCUUCCCAACAACAACAACAACAACAGCUGCCCCAACAACGACAACUACAACAGCUGCCCCAACAACAACAACAACAACAACAGCUGCCCCAACAACAACAACUACAACAGCUGCCCUAACAACAACAACAACAGCAGCUUCCCCAACAACAACAACAACAACAGCUGCCCCAACAACAACUACAACAACAGCUGCCCCAACAACGACAACCACAACUGCUGCCCCAACAACGACAACCACAACAGCUGCCCCAACAACGACAACUACAACAGCUGCCCCAACAACGACAACAACAGCUGCCCCAACAACGACAACCACAAUAGCUGCCCCAACAACGACAACUACAACAGCUGCCCCAACAACGACAACAACAACAGCUGCCCCAAAAACGACAACCACAACAGCUUCCCCAACAACCACAGCUGCCCCAACAACGACAACUACAACAGCUGCCCCAACAACUACAACAGCUGCCCGAACAACGACAACUACAACAGCUGCCCCAACAACAACAACAACAACAACAACAACAACAGCUGCCCCAACAACGACAACUACAACAGCUGCCCCAACAACGACAACUACAACAGCUCCCCCAACAACUACAACAGCUGCCCCAACAACAACUACAACAACUGCUGCCCCAACAACAACUACAACAACUGCUGCCCCAACAACAACUACAACAACUGCUUCCCCAACAACAACAACAACUACAACAGCUGCCCUAACAACAACAACUACAACAGCUUCCCCAACAACAACUACAACAACAGCUGCCCCAACAACGACAACCACAACAGCUGCCCCAACAACGACAACUACAACAGCUUCCCCAACAACGACAACAACAACAGCUGCCCCAACAACGACAACAACAACAGCUGCCCCAACAUCGACAAUAACAACAGCUUCCCCAACAACGACAACAACAACAGCUUCCCCAACAAUGACAACAGCUUCCCCAACAACAACUACAACAGCUGGCCCAACAACUACAACAGCUCCCCCAACAACAACAACUACCACAGCUGCCCCAACAACAACUACCACAGCUGCCCCAACAACAACAACAACAACAACAACAGCUGCCCCAAGAACGACAACUACAACAGCUGCCCCAACAACGACAACUACAACAGCUGCCCCAACAACGACAACUACAACAGCUGCCCCAACAACAACAACGACAGCUGCCCCAACAACAACUACAACAACUGCUGUCCCAACAACAACAACUACAACAGCUUCCCCAACAACAACAGCUGCCCAAACAACGACAGCAGCUGCCCCAACGACAACCACAACAGCUGCCCCAACAACGACAACCACAACAGCUGCCCCAACAACGACAACUACAACAGGUGCCCCAACAACAACAACAACAACAACAACAACAACAGCUUCCCCAACAACGACAACAGCUGCCCUAACAACAACAACUACAACAGCUGCCCCAACAACAACUACAACAGCUGUCCCAACAACAACAACUACAACAGCUGCCCCAACAACAACAACAACAGCUGCCCCAACAACAACAACAACAGCUGCCCCAACAACGACAACUACAACAUCUGCCCCAACAACGACAACUACAACAGCUGCCCCAACAACGACAACUACAACAGCUACCCCAACAACAACAACAACAGCUGCCCCAACAACAACUACAACAACUGCUGUCCCAACAACAACAACUACAACAGCUUCCCCAACAACAACAACAGCUGCCCAAACAACAACAGCAGCUGCCCCAACGACAACCACAACAGCUGCCCCAACAACGACAACCACAACAGCUGCCCCAACAACGACAACUACAACAGGUGCCCCAACAACAACAACAACAACAACAACAGCUUCCCCAACAACGACAACAGCUGCCCUAACAACAACAACUACAACAGCUGCCCCAACAACAACUACAACAGCUGUCCCAACAACAACAACUACAACAGCUGCCCCAACAACGACAACAACAGCUGCCCCAACAACAACAACAACAGCUGCCCCAACAACGACAACUACAACAUCUGCCCCAACAACGACAACUACAACAGCUGCCCCAACAACGACAACUACAACAGCUGCCCCAACAACAACAACAACAGCUGCCCCAACAACAACAACUACAACAACUGCUGUCCCAACAACAACAACUACAACAGCUUCCCCAACAACAACAGCUGCCCAAACAACGAUGGCAGCUGCCCCAACGACAACCAAAACAGCUGCCCCAACAACGACAACCACAACAGCUGCCCCAACAACGACAACUACAACAGGUGCCCCAAUAACAACAACAACAACAACAACAGCUUCCCCAACAACGACAACAGCUGCCCUAACAACAACAACUACAACAGCUGCCCCAACAACAACUACAACAGCUGUCCCAACAACAACAACUACAACAGCUGCCCCAACAACAACAACAACAGCUGCCCCAACAACAACAACAACAGCUGCCCCAACAACGACAACUACGACAUCUGCCCCAACAACGACAACUACAACAGCUUCCCCAACAACUACUACAACAGCUGCCCCAACAACAACAACAACAAAAACAGCCACCCCAACACCACCAACAACAACAACAGCUGCCCCAACAACGACAACUACAACAGCUACCCCAACAACAACAGCUGCCCUAACAACAACUACAACAGCUGCCCCAACAACUACAACAGCUGCCCAAACAACAACUACAACAGCUGGCCCAACAACAACAACAGCUGGCCCAACAACAACAACAACAACAACAGCUGGCCCAACAACAACAACUACCACAGCUGCCCCAACAACAACAACUACCACAGCUGCCCCAACAACAACAACUACCACAGCUGCCCCAACAUCAACAACAACAACAACAACAACAGCUUCCCCAACAACGACAACAGUUGCCCAAACAACAACUACAACAGCUGGCCCAACAACAACAACUACAACAGCUGGCCCAACAACAACAACUACCACAGCCGCCCCAACAACAACAACUACCACAGCUGCCCCAACAACAACAACUACCACAGCUGCCCCAACAACAACAACAACAGCUGCCCCAACAACGACAACAGUUGCCCCAACAACGACAACAGCUGCCCCAACAACAACAACAGCUUCCCCAACAACUACAACAGCUGCCCCAACAACAUCAACUACCACAGCUGCCCCAACAACAACAACUACCACAGCUGCCCCAACAACAACUACCACAGCUUCCCCAACAACAACAACAACAACAGCUGCCCCAACAACGACAACAGUUUCCCCAACAACGACAACAGCUGCCCCAACAACGACAACAGCUGCCCCAACAACGACGACAGCUGCCCCAACAACAACAGCUGCCCCAACAACAACUACAACAGCUUCCCCAACAACUUCAACAGCUGCCCCAACAACGACAACUACAACAGCUGCCCCAACAACAACAACAACAACAGCUGCCCCAACAACAACGACUACAACAACUACUGCCCCAACAACAACGACUACAACAACUGCUGCCCCAACAACGACAACAACAACAGCUGCCCCAACAACAACAACUACAACAGCUGCCCCAACAACGACAACUACAACAGCUGCCCCAACAACCACAACAGCUGCCCCAACAACGACAACUACAACAGCUGCCCCAACAACGACAACAACAACAGCUGCCCCAACAACGACAACAACAACAGCUGCCCCAACAACGACAACAACAACAACUGCCCCAACAACGACAACAACAACAGCUUCCCCAACAACAACAACAGCUGCCCCAACAACGACAACUACAACAGCUGCCCCAACAACUACAACAGCUGCCCCAACAACGACAACUACAACAGCUGCCCCAACAACAACAACUACAACAGCUGCCCCAACAACAACAACUACAACAGCUGCCCCAACAACGACAACUACAACAGCUGCCCCAACAACGACAACAACAACAGCUGCCCCAACAACGACAACCACAACAGCAGCUGCCCCAACAACAACAACAACAACAACAACAACAACAACAACAACAACAACAACAGCUGCCCCAACAACGACAACUACAACAGCUGCCCAAACAACGACAACUACAACAGCUGCCCCAACAACGAAAACUACAACAGCUGCCCCAACAACUACAACAGCUGCCCCAACAACUACAACAGCUGCCCCAACAACUACAACAGCUGCCCCAACAACUACAACCACAACUGCUGCCCCAACAACGACAACUACAACAGCUGCCCCAACAACUACAACAGCUGCCCCAACAACUACAACAACAACAGCUGCCCCAACAACUACAACUACAACAGCUGCCCCAACAACGACAACAACAACAGCUGCCCCAAAAACGACAACCACAACAGCUUCCCCAACAACCACAGCUGCCCCAACAACGACAACUACAACAGCUGCCCCAACAACUACAACAGCUGCCCGAACAACGACAACUACAACAGCUGCCCCAACAACAACAACAACAACAACAACAACAACAACAGCUGCCCCAACAACGACAACCACAACAGCUUCCCCAACAACAACAACAGCUGCCCCAACAACGACAACUACAACAGCUGCCCCAACAACUACAACAGCUGCCCCAACAACAACAACAACAACAACAACAGCUGCCCCAACAACAACAACAACAACAGCUGCCCCAACAACGACAACUACAACAGCUGCCCCAACAACGACAACUACAACAGCUGCCCCAACAACUACAACAGCUGCCCCAACAACUACAACAGCUGCCCCAACAACUACAACAGCUGCCCCAACAACUACAACAACAACAGCUGCCCCAACAACGACAACUACAACAGCUGCCCCAACAACUACAACAGCCUUCCCAACAACAACAGCCUUCCCAACAACAACAACAACAACAGCUGCCCCAACAACGACAACUACAACAGCUGCCCCAACAACAACAACAACAACAACAACAUCUGCCCCAACAACAACAACUACAACAGCUGCCCUAACAACAACAACAACAGCAGCUUCCCCAACAACAACAACAACAACAGCUGCCCCAACAACAACUACAAUAACAGCUGCCCCAACAACGACAACCACAACUGCUGCCCCAACAACGACAACCACAACAGCUGCCCCAACAACGACAACUACAACAGCUGCCCCAACAACGACAACAACAGCUGCCCCAACAACGACAACCACAAUAGCUGCCCCAACAACGACAACUACAACAGCUGCCCCAACAACGACAACAACAACAGCUGCCCCAAAAACGACAACCACAACAGCUUCCCCAACAACCACAGCUGCCCCAACAACGACAACUACAACAGCUGCCCCAACAACUACAACAGCUGCCCGAACAACGACAACUACAACAGCUGCCCCAACAACAACAACAACAACAACAACAACAACAGCUGCCCCAACAACGACAACUACAACAGCUUCCCCAACAACGACAACUACAACAGCUCCCCCAACAACUACAACAGCUGCCCCAACAACAACUACAACAACUGCUGCCCCAACAACAACUACAACAACUGCUUCCCCAACAACAACUACAACAACUGCUUCCCCAACAACAACAACAACAACAACUACAACAGCUGCCCUAACAACAACAACUACAACAGCUUCCCCAACAACAACUACAACAACAGCUGCCCCAACAACGACAACCACAACAGCUGCCCCAACAACGACAACUACAACAGCUUCCCCAACAACGACAACAACAACAGCUGCCCCAACAACGACAACAACAACAGCUGCCCCAACAUCGACAAUAACAACAGCUGCCCCAACAACGACAACAACAACAACAGCUUCCCCAACAAUGACAACAGCUUCCCCAACAACAACUACAACAGCUGCCCCAACAACUACAACAGCAGCCCCAACAACAACAACAACAACAACAGCUGCCCCAACAACAACUACAACAGCUACCCCAACAACAACAACUACAACAGCUGCCCCAACAACAACAACGACACCUGCCCCAACAACAACAGCCUCCCCAACAACAGCAACCACUUCUCGUUCCCCAACAACAACAACAAAGAUGACCACUACUCCACCAACAACAGCUGCAACACCAACCACAAAAGGUACUCAUUUCAUCAUAAUGUACCCUCUCUUUUUCCUUACUUCCCUAUCAUUGAAGACUGUUUACAUUUAAAUUUUGCUAUAAGUCUGUCAAGUAGGAAUCUCAAACUUACAUUCUAAUUGCUCUGAAGGUAGAUUUAAUUUUUUCCUGGAUGAAUAUCAUCCAAGUUUUCACUUGCGUCUCAUAUACUUGUAAGUGUGUAAUGUGUUGUGAAAAUCUGUAUUAGUCAGGUAGGUUGAAGUUUUAUAGACCUUCAACAGAUACAAUUGAUGUGCAUGUCUUCGAACUAACAAAUUUUUGAAUCCAUCAACAUUUGGAUUGCAAUUUAACCAUAUCAACAGCUAUUUCUAUAAUCCCAUGUGACACAGCUUAACAUGAUAGAAGUUAAAAAUGCAAGUAGAGAGGCAAGACAAUCAGGACUUUAUGUAGAGGGAAGUAAAAAUCAACGUCUAUGUCUCAAUUUUUGUUGGUUUAAAGUAUUAUGCACUGACAGAAUACACAGAUUAUUACAAAAUACACAGAUGUCUAACUUUCUCAGUGAAACUUAGAAUUUAUCACAUAAUCUUGUCAACCCUGUUACCGACAGGUUUUUGUUGUAAACUUAACAAAAUACAAUAUUCUAAUUAGAAAUAUGCCAUAUAUGGUACAUAUAUUAGCAGUACUUUAGUCUCUCUUUCCAUUGAGAUUAUUUUAUUCUGUGGAUUUUUUUCUCCAAUUAGAUAUUUGUCAUUUAGAUGAUCAAAUAUACCCUCAUUUUGCAUGGCGAUCACAUGUCUCAACAUAUAUCAGAUAUUUUUUAGAAGAGAAAUGUUGAAAAAUGGCCCAAUCUAAAAUACAAUGUAAUUUAAAUUGUGGUGGAAAGCGUUGAAAGCCCAUUUGAGUUGUCAUUUUUUACAUUUUUGUCAAAUUAAUGACAACAACAGUAUUGACGUUAUGGUAACAGGGAUGACAAGAGUAAAAGUAACUGAACACUUAGUAACUAGCUCUCGAUACUGGUGUAUCAAUCAAUCAAUCAAUCAAUCAAUCAAAAAACAUUUAUUAGCUCAAUAAUGUUUACUUGAUGACCUAAAAAUGUUUUUAUUUUAAAAAGGUUAACCUUUAAAGAGUGUACAAGCAGUGGCGAGCACCUCUCCAAGUGCCCCCCCCCCCCCCACACACACACACACACACACACACACAAAAAGAGAUAGAAUUUUGAACAGAUAGUUUUGUAUUACUAUGUAGUAUUAUUAUUAUAACAACAAAAAUAAUAUAUUUCUCAGUUGCAGAAAUCCUUCAAUAGAAAAAAACACAAUUCUGAGGGCCAUUUUCAGAAGGGCCCCCAGAUCCUGAGGUUUUCUGAAGUGUUAAGGUUUACAAAAAAGCUGCUAUCUCGGCCUCUGUAGUAGAUAGAAACAAAAUUCAAAAAGUAUUUGAGACCUUAAACAUGUGGCUUUCAAGAAAGCUCUCUUUUAGUUUUGCGAACCUUCAUCACAUUUUGAAAACCUUGAACAAACAAACUCAAAUGAAAUAAAGCGGCUGUAUAAAUAAAAGUAAAGGCUCUGCACUGGAGAAUGACAAAUAAUUUGCUUUCUGUAAAACAAGUGGCAGUCAUGAUAAAGUGUCCAUUCAAUACAAAUGUAAAUAUAGAAAAUAAGGUGUUGAAAGGGUAUACAGCUGCCCCAGUAUAGUGCCAGUACAAAAGCAGAACUAAACACUAUAAAAUGAAUAAAUAAAUACGUGGCUGACAGUGUGUUCAUCCCUGUUCUCACCCAAAGUCAUGCAACACUCACAGAAAACGCUGAUAGUGUGAGCCAAAGCGCUCCGUAUGAAGAAGUUGUUCACACUGCUGGAUGUUUCUCCUCUGAAGCUGCUCUCUGCCUCAGUCAUUGUUUACUUUACUCAUGAAGCUCAUCAAGCACGUAGCAAGAUCCGAGCAUGAACCCGAGCGCUUUAUUCGCCUAUCAAAGGCAGACGGGUACGGUGAUUUCAUUCACCGCGACUCCAGAAAUCAUGAAAAAACUACAAAAUGACGUAUCCCCGCUCCCGCUGAUAUGCUGACAUGCGUACACAGAGCAGAGCUGUCCCCCCGCGACUCUCUCCCCGCCUCGUCUCCUACAGUCUGUCAGCCUCUGUGCAGCACCUUCGGAGCAAGCAGGGGCGCCUACAGCAGCGGGGGGGGGGGGGGGGCGCCAAUUUGACAACAAGAGUUAAUACAAAACCGCUUUGCGGUUAAGCUUUAUUAUUAUUAUCUUUUAUUUUAUUUUUUUGGAAGUGCUCGUGCCGCCCCCCAUGAGUCAUGACACAAAUGCCGCCCCGGGCGGCUGCCCUGUUCGCCCGUGCCUAGAACCGCUACUGUGUACAAGGGUAAACACUAUUCUAUGUCAUCCCUGUUUCUCACAUGUCAAAUCCUGUUACUGUGGAAAGGUAACAGGGCUGACAGUAACAGAGUUGACAAUUUUAAGCUAAAAUGCAAGCUGUGUACUUUGAAAGGCAAUUACUUGUAGAUAUUGAUUAUAUUUUGAGAAAUAGAAAUUGUUUAGGUUUAUAUGUUAAAAAGUGGUAACAGGAUUGACAUUGUAUGCUUGUCCCCCCUGGUUAAACCUUGAAAAAACCUCACAAAUAGCACAUCAGAGAUGAGAGAAACUUAACUGUCACUGAGCUGUUAGCAUCCUGGCUCAGAGAUGAUGCAACCUCAUGUCAAAUCUGGAAUGUACCAUUAUUUUUUAGGGUUUUUUAGUUAGGGUAACAGGGUAAAUAAAAUAAAUAAAUUGAUAAGCAUUUAUAAUGACUAAUAUAUAUUAUUACCAAAAACACUGUUUAACAAUAAGACCGUACAUUUACGUACAACAACAGUAGUGAGGGACAGGCCAAAAACCUCACCCUCAUCAGUAUAAAAGUAAUUUUGAUUAUUUAAAAUGAUAUUUAAUUUACUUUAAUUUGAUGUUAUAUUAAAGAGAGGAGACAUGGUAAUGUUAUAUUUUUAAAUUACAUAUUAAUUUAUUGUUAUUAUAAAUUAAUAAAUUAUUACUUCUUGGGGACGCAAAAGGCACGAUUUCAUGGAAUGACCCAACAUCUAGCUAUGGUCUGUAAACAAAAAUAAUGAAACUGCAAUAAUUGGAUGUAAGUAUCAUCUUUACAAGAGUCAUAUCAUCAUUAAAACACUCAAGUUCUACAUCUUUUCAUUAAUUUUUUUUCCUCCCAAGGCAUGCUGAUACGUGCACACCUUAAAGUGAAAGCUAAUAUUCCUGGAGGGCUCCAUGAGGGCAGCAAUGUAAUCAUCAUUCAAGCUCUAGAAAAGGUAUGUGAAGAAGAAAAUGGUAAACAAUUUCUGCAAAAGCUAUUUACCUAACAACAACAACAACAAUGAUAGAAAGCCUAUUAUUUCAAGUGAUUGUUGUUUGUUCUCUCUCUGUUUAGGUUUUAAAGAAUCAGCUCCUGAAAGAAAAACCCUACAGUGUGACACUGAAGAUCAUACAAGUCCGAGGUAAUGAGAAGAAGCUUCGUGUGGACUUUUACUGAUUGCCAUUGUAAAUGAUUGUCAUACUGUAGGUGUUGUUUGAAUGAAUGAUAGAUAAUGUUUUCUAUGAGUGCAAUCUGAGCCGACACCAUAAAAAUUGUUGUUCUUCACUGUGAUCUACAGCCACUCUUAUAUGUGUUCCCCUAGAGGUGCAAGAAAAGGUGUUUUUAACAACGAGGCUGACACUGUAGGCAUACAGAAGAUCCUCUUUCAAGAUUUGUUGACUUGAAUCUAAAAAGCUCUCCAUGACUUAAAAUAUAGGGAUGUUUUCACUAUGUGCUCUGUUUCACUGAUCUAAGGCAGUGGAGAUGUUAGAGAUUAGUGUCAAAUUAUUAUGACAGUACUAAGAAAUUACAACAAAGAGAUCAGAUUUGUCAAAGAGGUGUUCGGAGAGGUUUCCACAACUCUGAAUUGACAUAUUUCACUGUAGGAGCAGCAAUCUGGCUGGCAAGCUUGGUAACUAGGGAACUUCUGUGCAAAAGAGAAAACAUUUUACAAAGUCUCAGACACUCUGAUAAGUUCCUCACACCAGCUGUCAUUCUGGUAUCACAGUCAAGUGGUUGCUCUGCAGUUCACAUGUCAGGCUUUGACCCAGGAAUUGAAGAAUAUGAAACUAAUGUAGAAACCUUGACAGUGAAAGAAGGGAAAGGAUAAAAGACGAAGCUUUCGUACUGUUUCAAAUCUACAGAGCUGUUAAUGGGUUCUUGGUGUUUUGCAUUUGCUUAUUGUUUUGUUGUCAGACUUAAUAGGUCAACCGGGAAACGGCCUUAAGGUGAAAAGAGGCAUGUUGCCACCUAUCAUAUGAAGACAGACAAUACUUUUAUUCAUUAAUGAAUUAUUCGCUGUAAAUCAUAGACUUCUGCAUAAAGUAAAUCAUCUGAAUCAACUUGGGUGAAUCCACCAGGCGUCACCAUGUCAGCAUAUCUGUGGGUCUUACCAAAUUUCUUUUGUAGUUGUAGUAACUACUGUUAACAAGGUGGUGGUGCCUUUUAGCUGUAGUGGGGCAGAUUAAGCUCAAAAGAAUUUUAACAGUAUGACCUUCAUGAUAAUGAUGCGGGUGAAGCUCACUCUGGAGAAUCUUGUCAUUUGAAACACAGAGGUUGCACAAAAAACCCUAAGUGGAGUGUUGUGUUACCAAAGGACAGGUGGACGUAGUUAGUAUGCAUUUGGCAAGUUUUCAGUUCAUUGCAAGUACAGUCCAUGACACAUAGUCAUAAAUCUCAAAUCUCUACGUAUGAGCUUUAACACGGGGUCAAUACUUCCAGUACCUUUAAAACAACACUGCACAUGUAGCGAAUGUUAAUUCAGAGCCACAUUAACUUACGGACAUCACAUUGUUUCCCAUGUCAGACUUGCAGAGGAAAUGUCUUGUCUUGUCUUGUGUUUACCUUCCCAUUUUAGAUGAAUCCCCUUUUUGGCUAAGGUUCAUUUGAGCCAUGUUGCGCCAUCAUGUUAACUCAGUCAUGAAGAAUUCAGCUUGGCAGAAACAAACACAUUGAGGAAACAUUGCCAAAAUAAUUACUGCACAUUUCUCUUCCAAAUAUUUUUCUUCUAAGAAUAAUAUGUAUGUGUAUGUACAUAUGAUAAUGUACAUUUGGGUGGUAUAAUUUAACUCCUGUGAAUUUGAGAGAAGACCUUAUACAAUUUGGAUUAAAUGCAAUUGAUCACAUUUUUUUUUUCUAAAAUUCUCCAGAAACCACUGCUUUAGGACCAACUGCAAUGAUGGCUCUACCUCCAACUGCCAACACUGCAACAGCAGCAACAGCAGCCCUGACCAAAUCUCAAGCUCCAAAUUCAACAUCUGCUCCAACAAAACCAACUUCUCCAACAUCAACUACUGCUUCAAAAUCAGCUUCUACUGGAGACAGAUAA